AUGGCUGUAAGUACAGCUGAAUGGACACCACAUUCAUGUGAUACAUGUAUUAAUCUUGAUCCUAUCAAAAAUUAUGAUAAAUUCGAAUUAAUUGGUACUGGUGGUUUUGCUAAAGUCUAUCGAGGUAUUCGUCUAUGUGAUAGACUUAAUGUAGCUAUCAAAAUUAUGGAUAAACAACAAUUAAAAUUAAAAAAUGCUCAAUCACGUGUUAAUGAAGAAGUUCAAAUACAUUAUCGUUUGCGUAAUUUAGCUAUCGUACAGUUACUUGAAGUAUUUGAAGAUGAUACAAAUAUUUAUCUUAUACUUGAAUUAUGUGCAACAGAUAUGCAAAAAUAUUUAAAUAUUCGUCAACAAUUUACUGAAGAUGAAACACGUCAUUAUAUAAAACAAAUAGUAACUGGUAUUGAAUAUUUACAUUCUCAUCAAAUUCUUCAUCGUGAUCUUAAAUUACAUAAUUUACUUUUAACAAAAGAUAAUAAUGUCAAAAUAGCUGAUUUUGGUUUAGCAAAACAAUUAAUUACACAUGAACAAACAAAUUUUACGAUGGUUGGUACACCAAAUUUUCUUGCACCCGAAAUAGCAACACGUAAAACACAUAGUUUUGAAGCUGAUAUAUGGUCAUUAGGUGCAUUGAUAUAUCAAUGUUUAGUUGGAAAACCACCAUUUGAUGAUCAAGAUGUUCUUUCAACAUUAAGACGAGUUGCAAAUGUUCGAUAUGUUUUACCUGAAGGUUUAAGUCAUGAAGCAAAAGAUUUAAUUAAUAGAAUAUUACAAAAAGAUGCUAAAAAACGUUUGACAUUGAUACAAAUUCGUAAUCAUCCAUUUUUAUCAAAAUGUCUAAUGAAUGAUCGAAUAAAUUCAUCAAGAAAUAGCUGUACUUCAUUAAGAAGUGAUAGUGGAUAUUUUGAUACAUCGAUAUCAAGUCGACAACAAACAAAUGAAUCAACACUUUCAAGAGGACCGCUAACAUUAAAUUCUUUACCACCAUUAAUCAUAAAUAAAAAUCAAAAAAUAAAUGCUUCAUCAGCAUCCAUAUUAAGUUAUAAUAAUUUAAGUAAUACAAAUAAUAUAAGUCAACGUAAACCUAUUCAUGAAGUAUUAACUCCAUUAAAUACACAACGUCUUGAUCGUCGACAUGUUAUAACAAAAAGUGAUAUUAUGGAUGUAUUGGAUGAUGGAGAAGUUGUUAUUCAACAUCUUGUUGAAGUUAAAACUGGUUCAAAACGAAUAGUCGAUGUCUUUCGAGUAUCAUCUGAUGGACAAAAAAUUAUUUAUUAUCGACCAGAUCGAAGACAAUAUAAUUCAUAUAUUGAAAGUGAAGGUCCACUUCCAUUACCGGUGAACUAUGAACAAUAUACAUUUGAUACAUUACCUGAACAAUUUCAUAAUAAAUAUCGUCGAGCAUGGAAAUUUGUGAAUAUCAUUCGUUCACUUCGAUGUAAGAUAAUUAUGUAUACUAAUGAUGGUAAAUGUCGUCUAAUGGAAACAUCAAUUGAAUUCGAUUUUACUCAUUUAAAUGGAACGAAAAUUUCUAUUUAUCGAAAAAAUUUGGAACAUCUUGAUUCUCCAUUAGAAAUUAAACUAGUUGAUCCAUCCGGUCGAAUGACAUCAAUAUUUAAUUAUAACGAUUGUAUUGAACAACUUAAUGUACCACUUGAUACAAAACAAAUGUUACAAAAAGCAAUUAAAUUUCGAGAAUGUUGUUUGAUAAAAAAUCAAUUACUUGAAGAACAUCAAGCUCAAUUUCCUGAAGGAAAAACAUUUCCAGCUAUUUUUGGUGAAAAACCUCGGUCGUCUUCACAUAACAUAUUGAAAUAA